AUGAAACACGAGAAGAAAGACCACGUGGAGACGCACGAGCAUGAUGUCACACAGGAGGAAGGUAGCGACGACGACGACGACGACGAGGACCAGGACCUUGCGUCCAGAGACUGCCCAGGAUGCAGCACUCCGACGACCACGUCGAGGCGGCGGCACAGGAGUACGAGGAGCACGGCGCUGCGGAGCGCUGGCAAGGCACGGAAGCAGGUGCGGGGCAGUCGCAGAGGGGCCAUUACUCUCGGCGCGUCAUCGCUUGCAGGAGAUCCACGAGGAGAUGUCUCGUCCGCGGGCGCUGGGGCCGGCAAGCUUCGCGAGAGAGGCAGCCAUCUGGCCGAGAUCGUGUAA